GCCCGGCGGCGCCGCGUAGCGCAGCGGCCGCGGAGGCCGCCCGACGGCGCGGCCGCAAGGUCACCGCGCGCCAUGGAGGCCAAGGUCCGCCAGAGCCGGCGCUCGCGCGCGCAGAGGGACCGCGGCCGGCGCCGGGAGGCCGCCCGCGACGCCCGCGACCAGAGCGCGUCGUCGGGCGACGAGCCCGAGCCCGGACCAGGCAAGGAGAACGCGUGCCUGCCCCGCGCGCCCCCGCCCCGCGCCCCCGCCGCGCGCCCCCCGCGCCGCCGCCGCCGCGAGUCCAGCUCGCAGGAGGAGGAGGUCAUCGACGGCUUCGCCAUCGCCAGCUUCAGCACGCUGGAGGCCUUGGAGAAGGACAUGGCCCUGAAGCCACAUGAGCGGAAGGAGAAAUGGGAACGUCGCCUUGUCAAGAAACCCCGUGAGUCAGAAAACUGCCCAUCUGCAGAGCCGAGUGAGAACGGGCGGCCCUUGGAGGCAGGCAGCCCCGAGCAGGACCUGGAGCCUGCUUGUGACCGAGGAAAGAAGAAAGUCCCGCUGCAGCCCACAAAGCAGAUGAAGGUCGCAGUGUCCAGAGGGGGCGACAGUGACGAUGACAGCUUCCAUGAAGCCCCCAGCUCCCGGAGGAGCAGCUCUCGGGACCAGCUCAGUGACAGCUCGGCGCAGGCGGUCUCAGGCAGAGGCUACUCCUGCGACAGCGAGAGCGAGGACGGGGACGACAAGGCGUCUGUGGGCUCCGAGAAGCUCUUUGCCCCAGCAGCCAGUAAAGGCCCCACACCGGGCGAGAAGUCCGCGGCCAAGGCCGGCGUGGCACCCAAGGUCUCGGGCCUGGAGCGCAGCCGCGAGCUGAGCACCGAGCCCCCCUUCCCGCCCCCCGCGCGCAGCCCCCGGGCCAGCCCGCCGGUCAAGAAGGAGGCCCCUGGCCCGCCCCGCCUCACCCCGCCGUUGCCGCCCGCGCCCUCGCAGCCCCGGGCCCCGCUCCCGACGCACGUGCCUCUGCCCCUGGGCGCCUUCCCGGGCCCCUGCCCCGGCGCGCCUGCGCACAACGGCCUGCACAGCCUCAGCAGGAGCAGCAGCAGCAGCAGCAGCGGCGCCAGCCUCGGGCUCGCCAAGCACGCGUCUCUGUCGCCUCACGGGCCAGGCCCCCACCUCUCUACCUCACACUUGGCGCUCCGCUCGCAGGCCCAGCACCAGCACCACGCGGCCAUGUUCGCCGCCCCCCCGACACUGCCCCCGCCCCCGGCACUGCCGGCCAACAGCCUGGUCAUCCCAGGACACCCUGCCGAUCGCGAGCUGCUCAGGCAAGAGCUGAACGCGCGCUUUCUGGUCCAGAGCGCCGAGCGGCCCUGCGCGCCCCUGGGCCCGGGGGCUCUGCUGCGGGCGGAAUUCCACCAGCACCAACACACACACCAGCACACACACCAGCACCAACACACAUUCGCCCCCUUCCCCGCGGGGCUGUCCCCGACGCCGCUCCUGCCGCCCGCCGCACCCCCGCCGUUUGACAAGUAUGCACCCAAGCUGGAUAGCCCCUACUUCCGACAUUCCAACUUUUUCCCGUCCUUCCCUCCUGCCAUCCCAGGACUGCCCACCCUGCUCCCACACCCAGGCCCCUUUGGGUCCCUGCAGGGUGCUUUUCAACCCAAGGUGUCCGACCCGUACCGGACAGCGGUCAGGAAGCCGGGGAAGUGGUGUGCCGUCCACGUGCAGAUCGCCUGGCAGAUCUACCACCAUCAGCAGAAGAUGAAGCAGAUGCAGCUGGACCCCCACAAGCUGGAGGUGGCCGCCAAGCUGGACUUGUUCAGCAGACCCCCCGCCCCGGGUGUGUUUGCCGGGUUCCACUACCCGCAGGACCUGGCCCGGCCCCUCCUCUCCGCCUCGGGUGCUGCCCAUCCCACCACCAACCCAUUUGGACCCUCAGCCCAUCCUGGCAGCUUCCUGCCCACUGGUCACCUGACAGACCCUUUCAGCAGAUCAGGCACCUUUGGGGGCCUCGGGAGCCUGGGCAGCAACGCCUUCGGAGGCCUGGGCAGCCAUGCACUGACUCCUGGCGGCAGCCUCUUUGCCCCCAAGGAGGGCUCCACGCUGCAUGGCCUGCCCAGCCCCCAUGAGGCCUGGAACCGGCUGCACCGUGCACCGCCCUCCUUCCCUACACCACCACCGCCAUGGCCCAAGACCGCAGACGCCGAGCGGGUCUCAGCUCUGACCAACCACGACCGAGAGCCAGACAAGUGCCGGGAGGAGCGAGAGCGGGACCUCUUGGAGAAGACGCGCCUGCUGAGCCGGGCGUCGCCUGCAGCCCCCGUGGGCCACCCGGUCAGCAGUCUCCUGCUCCGCGGCCAGGGCGAGCCGAGCCGGCCAGGGGUCCCCGCGGAGCGCGAGGCCGAGCCCCGCGUCAAGGACAGCCGCUCUCCGGCCAAGGAGGAUGGCGCCAAGCUGGUCGCGCGGCCGCCGUCGCCCUACAUCAAGGCGCCCCUGGGCGACGUGAAGGUCAAGGAGGAGCGCAGGGAGGACGGUGAUGCGCCCGAGCCCCCGGCGGGCGGCCUGCACCCCGCGCCCGAGCGCCCGCGCGCGCCCCCUGCGCCCCUGCAGCUCGGCCCGGGCCCCGCGGGCCGCGAGCGCCUGGGCUUCGCGUGGGAGCCGCUGCGCGACGCCUACCGCGGCCUGGAGCUGCCGCGCCGCGCUGGGCCCACCGGCGCCCCACCCCCGGGCCCCGCCACCCUCCUCGAGCCCCCCGAGCGCCCCUACCGCGACCGCGAGCCGCACGACUACAGCCCCGAGCGCCUGCGGGAGGCGCGCCGCGAGGAGUUGGAGCGCGCGCGGGCGCACCUGGGCGCCGCCCCGCACCUGCCUGCCGCCGCGCACCUGGACGGCGCCACGCUCCUGCCCGCGCUGGGCGCCCUGCACUACCCGCGCCUCGGGCCCGCCGCCGCCGCCCUGCACAACGUCCUGGCGCGGACCCCGCCCGCCGCCGCCGCGCUCGGCGCGCCGCCCCCCCUGGUGGCCCGGGCGCGCCCCCCACGCCCCCCGGGCCCGCCGCGGAGCAGGACUACGCCGCUCGGGGGCCACGGGCCCGGCGAGGCGCGCGACUACUCGCCGUCCCGCAACCCGCCGGAGGUGGAGGCGCGGUAGUCCCGCCCCAAGCACAGCCGGCGGCAGGUCCGGGGGCGCUUGUGUUUUCCGAGCUUGAGGUUAGGCUGUCGGAAGAAAACUGAAGUUUGUACAUUUUCUCCCACAGGUGAGAGCGUUUUUAAUAGAUUUGUAUUUUUUUCAAUUUUGUGCUCUUUAGACAAAAAAGAAACUUUUGCUUUUUUAUUUUUAGUUCGGGUUUGUGACUUAACGGCCUCUGAUCCCUCUCCAGAGCGCCAGGAGUUUUUUUGUCUUAUUUAUGGAGAAAAAACGGUCAUUUUGUCCAACGCACUGUGAGGCCCCACUCAGGCCCGGCCCUGGCCCUCCCGUGGUACUUGGAACCGAAGCUACAGAUAUAUAUUAAAAUAAUGAUUAAUAGUAAUGUACAAAACUUUUUUUGGCCUUAUUAUGCAGAAGUGUAAGAGAAUUUCUUUUUCAGUUUGUUUUUAAAAAAAGUGAAAUAAGUGUAAAUAGUCUGUUAAUAUAAAUAUAUGACGUUAUUAAAUUCUUAACCUAGGUAGACUUUAUAAAAACAGUUUCUAGAAGCCCCUGUGGUUGUUUGUUUAACGUGGUCACGAAAGACUCCCUCGCUGUCAGUUGGAAGCCCUCCCAGUUUAACUGCAGCAACGAUCCUUCAACUAUGCAAGCCACCGGCCGCCUGGGGGCUGUCCGGGGAGGCGGGACGCCACAGAGCAGACCCCUGCGGGCUCCCCAGCUCCAGGGGCACCGGCUCGGGACUGGCCGGCUCUGGCCGCACGGACACUUGGGUGGACCCUCGUGCGGAUCGUGCAGUGUUCUUGGGUUCUGUGCCAGGCAAGCAGAAUUUCAGAAGCGAAGAGUCUAAAGCUGGUGACAAACCCAGCGCCUUCACCUGCUUUCUCCUCUGCCGGCGUCGGCAUGGCCGUCUCAGUUCCUCCACCAGCGGAAGCUUCGGCACAAUUUCCUUUUGGUUUUGAUUUUGCUUUCAGAACCUCACAGGCAUCACCGUGUCCUGCCAUCAACGUCCCUUUUGUUUCCUGAUGUCCACACCUGUGUCUGCCCGGCUUCCGAGCCUUGUCAGUUCAGGUCUGUGUUUCCAACCCCCGUGUCCACUGUGGCCCUCGGCAUUUUAAACUUUCUGUUCUCUUGUCAACGACGAUAAAUACAGCCUUGGUUUUGGAUGGAAA